CACUGAGGGUCACAUGCUCUGUGCAGGAACAGGAACCAUCAACAAGGGAUGGGUGAGCUACCACCAGCUAUAGUUUUAGACAAUGGCUCAGGCCUGCUCAAGGCUGGUGUUGCUGGAGAUAAGGAACCACGUGUCAUCUUUACCAACUUGAUAGGCCGUGCCAAGGCCAAGUCUGUAAUGCUUGGUGCUGGCCAGAAGGAUUUCUACAUUGGCGAUGAAGCACAAGCCAAGCGAGGGAUCCUCUCCCUCAGAUAUCCAGUAGAACAUGGCAUUGUCACUUCCUGGCCAGACAUGGAGAAAAUAUGGAAGCAUACUUAUGAGAAUGAACUGAGAUUAAACUCCAGCACAAGACCUGCACUGAUCACCGAGGCACCACUUAACCCAUUAUCCAAUCGUGAACAAAUGACAAGGUUGCUCUUUGAAAAAUUUGAAGUUCCAGCCCUCUACGUGGCCAUUCAGGCUGUGUUGGCCCUCUACGCUGCAGGUCUCACAACAGGUUGUGUGAUGGAUUCUGGGGAUGGGGUCACUCAUACUGUCCCAAUCUUUGAAGGCUACUGCUUGCCUCAUGCUGUUCUCCGACUUGACCUGGCAGGCCGGGAUCUUACAGAUUAUUUAAUGAGAAUCCUGAGAGAAAGCGGCAUUGCCUUAGUGAGCACAGCUGAAAGGGAAAUUGUGAGGAUCAUCAAGGAGGCCUUGUGUUAUGUGUGCUUAAACCCUGAAGAAGAAAUGGCUAAACAACCUACUGCAAUAGAGAAAACAUGGAAAUUGCCUGAUGGUCAGAUUAUUAAAAUCCACAAUCAAUUGUUCCGCUGCCCAGAGACCCUUUUUCGCCCAUCUAACAUUGGCAUGGAAGCACCAGGAAUUGAUAAACUCUUAUUCAAUACCAUCAUGAAAUGUGACAUUGACUUAAGGACCACUCUGUAUGCCAAUAUCCUCCUUUCUGGUGGCUCCAGUCUUUUCCCUGGGAUUUCAGAUCGCUUGACUAAGGAGCUGAUUCGCAUGGCUCCCAAAGACACUGAAGUCCUGGUCCAAGCACCUCCUGACAGGAAGAUCUCAGUGUGGAUGGGAGGAUCCAUUCUUGCUUCUCUCUCAGCCUUUCAAGAGAUGUGGAUUUCCAAGGAAGAAUAUGCUGAAAUUGGGCCUAACAUAGUACACAGGAAGUGCUUCUAGAUUCCUGUUGCAUUGAAACAUUUUUAUUUAAAAAGCUGUGGGAAGAACAUCAUGAAACACUUGGUGAGAUUUAUUGCCUCACCUUUUUGAAAGACAAAUAAAGGUAACAAUUCCA